AUGACGGCAGAGUCGGUAUCACCGCCGUUGGCCGCCGGUGGCGGAGGCGGCGGCUUAUCGCCCGACGUUAUGGGCGCCGCCGGGUGCGGCACGUGCUGUACCGCGGCCACCGUCGGCGGCGUGACGGGCGACCGCAACGCCGGUUCCGAGUCCGCCGUGGCCGUCUGCUCGUGCCACCUGGCCGCGGCCGCGUCACUGCCACCGCACUACGCCAGCCACCGUAGCACACCGGCCACGACGGCUGUGUACGCUCCGUACCCGUCCACCGACCAGAACCCGUAUCCGAGCAUCGACACGUCAUCGUUUUACCCGCACUUGAGCAACCCGUACGGACUGAAAGACUCGACGGGCUCGUCGGACAUGUGGUCCAGCGCCAGUCUGCAACCGUCCACCGGCUACUAUCAUUACGACUCCACUCUGGCCGCUUACGGGUACAGCGCGGGAUACGACUUGGCGGCCAGACGGAAGAACGCCACCCGGGAGUCGACGGCCACGCUCAAGUCGUGGCUCAACGAGCACAAGAAGAACCCGUACCCGACCAAGGGCGAGAAGAUCAUGCUGGCCAUCAUCACCAAGAUGACGCUCACGCAGGUCAGCACGUGGUUCGCCAACGCCCGGAGGCGGCUGAAGAAGGAGAACAAGAUGACGUGGGAGCCCAAGAACAAGACGGACGACGACGACGACGACGACGCCGGGUCGUCCGACUGCGAGGACAAGGACAAGGACGACAUGCUGAUGGGCGACGAGAAACACUGCAACAACGACGUCAGAAAAGAUAGUCACGGGGAUCACAUGAUGGGCCAAGGCGUCAUGUCGGACGGCGACGACGAUCGCAAGCCGAUGCUCCAGCACCUGUACCACCCCGAUCAGAUGCACCACAUGAAGGUGCACCAUCAUCACGUCAUGCAGGACGAUCACCAUCAGGACUGCGGUAUACCGUUGCCGCCCACCAAGCCGAAAAUAUGGUCACUGGCCGACACCGCAGCGUCCAAGACUCCGCCGCCCGGACACCAGUGGCCGAACGUCAUCAGUCCGAGCCUGGCUUCGCCCGGUUUCACCAUGCCCAACACCUCGUCGCUGUCGCCGUCUGGUUCGUCUUACUCCAGGUACGGCGCCAACGGGUUUUACGGCAGUGGUUACAAUGGCGGCAACAGUAAUUCGUCGUCGUCGUCGGCCCAGCAAAUGGCCGGAUAUCCGGACGUGCAGACCGACACGCCACCGCAGACCCCGCCCAACAUGAAGUUACCGCUGUCCGCCUCUUCCGGUCAACAGCAGCAACAGCAGUUCGGCGGCCAUCAGGGCACUUACAACGGGUACCAUCACCAGCAGCAACAGCAGCACAACAGUUAUCACCACCGGCAACACGUUCCGCCGCUCCAGCAACAACAGCAGCACGAUGUGGUCAGGUCGGCCCAAGAAGUACAGCAGCAGCAGCAGCAACAGCAGCAAUAUCAUCAACAGCACGUUGCGCUCGGCCAACACAACAACAAUAACAACUCAAACACUAACAACAACAACCAUCAGAUGGCGGUUGUGGCCAACGACGCGAGUACGGCGUUCAAACCGUUUUACAAGACGCCUUCGCAACAACCGCAUCAACAGCCGCAUCAGCAACAGCACCAGCAACAGCAGCACAGACAGAUGAAUGGUUACGUGUCACCCGUGUAA